CUCUAUUGUUUUUCAUCCUAUCAACAUGAGUGCUGUUGUCGAUCCGUUGGAACUUUUGACGAACAAGGGCACCCACGAGCCCACUUUCCUCUCGCCGAUAUGGAAUCCGCUCGCCUGCGGAGUGGCCGGAGUGGGCGUGGCCAUUUUCGUCAACUGGGGCUUCCGUAGGCCCGUGUUUUCCGGCAUUCAGAAGCAUAUCGCCUUUGGAGCUCUGGGCGUCGGUGCAGGAUCAUACUUCGAUCAGAAGAGGAACGAGUACGUGGCCAAAAGGGACGCCGUCCUCCGGCACUACAUCGAGCUGCAUCCCGACGAUUUCCCGGUGAAGGAACGCAAGACCUACGGCCAAGUGCUGGAGAGUUGGGUGCCAGUUCGCUAAGUGGAUCUAAAUCUUUGUUGUAAAGCGAGCGAUGGAAGUAGUUAAUAAAACAGCUUUAAUUGUAAAACGUA